AUGUCGGCCGCCAUCGCUGCGCUCGCUUCGUACGGAGGCUCCGAUUCGGAUUCAGACUCUGGCUCCGACGCUGAGGGUAGGGCCGGCCACUCGGCGCAGGUGGCUGUUGGGGACGCGGUGCUGCACCUGGCCUCGGUUCCUUCUGCCCAGCAGGCGCUCCUGCCUGCAGUCGACUCGGCCCCCACGGUGGCCGUGAAGGAAGAUGUGGAAACAGGAGUUCAUCUUGAUCCAGCUACCAAGGAAGUUCAAUAUAACCCAACGUACGAUACCAUGUUCGCACCUGAGUUUGGGCCAGUGAAUCCUUUUAGGACUCAGCAGAUGGCUGCACCUAGGAAUAUGCUUUCUGGAUACACAGAACCAGCACACAUUAAUGAUUUCAUGUUUGAACAACAAAGAAGAACAUUUGCAACCUAUGGAUAUGCUUUGGAUCCCUCAGUAGAUAAUUAUGACGUUUCUACUAAAUAUAUUGGAUCUGUUGAGGAAGCUGAAAAGAAUCAAGGUCUAACAGUGUUUGAAACAGGACAGAAGAAAACAGAGAAAAGGAAGAAAUUCAAAGAGAAUGAUGCAUCUAAUAUUGAUGGUUUCUUGGGACCAUGGGCAAAAUACAUUGAUGAAAAGGAUGUUGCCAAACCUUCAGAAGAGGAGCAGAGAGAACUAGAUGAAAUAACAGCAAAGAGGCAGAAGAAAGGCAAGCAUGAAGAUGAUAAACCUGGAGAAGAAAAGACUAUUUUGCAUGUGAAAGAGAUGUAUGACUACCAAGGGAGAUCCUACCUUCACGUCCCUCAGGAUGUUGGAGUUAACCUGCGUUCAGCUGUUCCCCCUGAGAAAUGUUACCUUCCUAAGAAACAGAUCCACGUGUGGUCUGGGCAUACAAAGGGUGUCAGUGCUGUCAGGCUGUUUCCCCUUUCUGGCCACCUCUUGCUGUCUUGUUCAAUGGACUGCAAAAUUAAGCUCUGGGAAGUAUACGGUGAACGAAGAUGCUUACGAACGUUCAUCGGACAUAGUAAAGCUGUUCGAGAUAUAUGCUUCAACAAUGCUGGGAGCCAGUUUCUCAGUGCUGCAUAUGAUCGGUAUCUUAAACUCUGGGAUACUGAAACAGGUAAAUGUAUAUUCAUUUU